AUGCUUCGUAUAUGUGCUAAUUUAUUAAAACAACGAACAUCACAAGUAUUAGUUUCAACAAGAUUAACAUCAACAGAUCCAUCAUCUGGUUCUAUAAAUGCUGCUCAUGAUAAAUUUUCUGAACGCGAAAAAGCACUUGAAAAUAGUUAUUUUCGAAAACAAAAUGAUGAACUCAUGACAAAACUACGAAAGCGACAUAGCGAGUUAGAAAAACAAUCAGAUGAUAUUGAACAGGAACAAGAAAAAAUCGAAGCUGAAAUUAAAAAAUUAGAAAAACAAAGAGAAGAGUUAGCGAAAAAAACACAAAAACAAACAAAAAAGUGA